CCCGGCAGACUGCGAGCCGGCGAGCGGCGGGACAGCCGAGCAGCAACGACCCGCUGCUGCGCUGCAACGGGACGGACAGGACAGAGGGCUCCGGCGGCCGAGAAGGUGCGACACUGUGCUGAGUCCCCUCACUGUGUGCAGCAGCACCAUGGCAGCUAUGGGACCUGAGAACAGAGCAGGAGCAGGGCCAGCAGGGACGGCAGCCUGCCCGAUGGGAGUACAGGCCCGCGUCUCUACGACGACGCACAACGGGCCUGACGUGCAGCGGACUCUGGUGUACAUGCAGAGCUGCGUCCAGGCCGAGAAAGCAUUCAUGGAGAGCGGGAAUCACAAAAACAAGACAUCGGUUCACCUGCAGAGGGAGGCUGAGCGAGGCUGGAGUAACCUGGCUGCUCCUCUGCAAACCGUGGCGCCCACAAUGCACCACGGCAACACGUCGGCUACCGGAGAGCCGCCGUACAGUUUCCGCAGCCCGGAGUCAGUGGAGAUGGACGAGAUCAUGGCAGCCAUGGUCCUGACCAGUCUGUCCUGUAGCCCUGUGGUCCAGAGUCCCCCACAAACAGAUACUGGACCAGCUGGCUCGUCAUCGUCAGCUGACAUGGAGUGCGGCGGCGGCGAGCUCUCUGACAGCGGCAGCAGUGGCUACUGGAGUUGGGACCACGGCAACGUAAGCCCGGCCCCGUCGCCGUCCGUCACAGAGAUGGACAGCAGUCCCGAUGAAGGUCUACACAUGGAACUGGAGCAGGGAGAGGAGCUUAAUGCCAAAAAGCCAAAGAGCUCCUUCAGAGGUGUUUAUAAGUGUUUGUGGCCCAAUUGCGGCAAGGUGCUCACGUCUUCAGUCGGAAUAAAAAGACACAUCCGGGUGCUGCAUCUGGGCAGUGGGUCAGACCAGUCCCAGAGAGAAGAAGACUUCUACUACACCAAGAUCUCCUGUGAGACGAUGGACGCCAGCUGCGCACCGGCUCCCUCCCAGCAGGCUCUGGGCCAGGCCUCGUCCUCUCAUCUCAGCUGGGCUUCCUGUGGUUCUCCUCCGGGUUCGGGGCUUCAGAUCCCGCCGGCGCACAGGCCCAGGUCCAACUCAACUUCCGGCCCGGGCCCGAACAGGCCCAGUCCGCUCAGCCAGUCAGCCCCCAGCAGCUUCUGGCAGAUCCACUCAGAGCAUCUCUAUCAGGCCUGUAGUCCCGUCCAGGUAUCGGUGGCCUCCAGAAGCCCCGGCUGCCAGGGUUCCACAUCUGUCUCUGGUCACAGUAACGCUCCGAUGGUGAAACCUCGCUGUCGGUCUGUCAGCGUCGGGGAGCAGUGGCUCCAACAGAACAGGCUUCAGACUAUGAGUGCGUCGCCGUCCCGCACUCACUGCUCCUUCAGGAAGGGUCGCGGGGAGGCCAAAAAGUGCCGCAAGGUGUACGGAGUGGAGCGCAAGGAUCAGUGGUGCACCGCCUGCCGCUGGAAAAAAGCCUGCCAGCGUUUCCCCGACUAAAAAAAACAACAGCAGCGUGACGGAGAGAGAGUCAGAGACAACGAGGUAGAUGGAUGGAUGAGCGAUAAAAAAAAGAGACUUUUAUCAAAAAAAAAAAAGAGGAUAUAGACGUAUAAAUCAGGGCCUGAGAGCCACUGAGCUGUUCUUUUACAUGUGUUUUUUUACUUUCAACCUGUUUUGUUUCUUUCCUAAAGGAAUGCAAAUGGAGUUUUCUGUAUCUUUGUAACUCAACCCUGAGAACUGAAGUCUGCAAUGGUGCUAAACUGUUGACUGACUUUUGACCAUGUGAUGUGCUAAAGCCUACAAUACUCUCCUACUUUAUCCAAAGGUCAUAUUACUGCCCCUGUAGCUCCACUGUAUUAGACUGCUACUUGGCUGUUUCUUUAUUCCAACCCUCUCUUCCAGUGGUUACACAGUGGUUAUGAUGUACAUUAUAUUGUGUGCUUUGAGUUACGUACGAGUAUUUUAUACCUUUUUUUUUUUUUUUUUUUUUUUUAAAUCGUCUUGUUCAGCCUGUGUAUUGGGCAGAUAAAUUUUUCUCUUUUUUUUUUUCUGAAUUUUCAUGUUUUUUGGCACUUUGUUGGAAUAUACAUUCACAAGAAUAAGCUACAUUUGGUUUGACUCAACCAGGUUCCCUCCAAGAAAUGGAUUUCCUUCCUGCCCAUGUAUUGGUAUAUGACCAGUGUUAAUGGUUUUAUCCGUGAAGCUUUGGAAUCAUGGCGAUGGGAUUAGCGUUAGGGGAAUGAGUUUGUAAUAGCAAUAAAAAAAGAGGAAAUAUAUUGUCAAACACAAAUUAAAAAGCACUGAGAAUUUGA